AUGACCCCGAAAAAAGCGACAGAAGCGUUGAAAAUCCUCGCAGGCAUAGAAAACUCUUUGUGCGGAAACAUGAUAAUCUACGACGGUCUCAGGGCAUCUACGAGGACAAUCAGACUCCGACCGAGAAGGCCAGAGUGCAAGCUUUGCGGAGAAAAGCGAGAAAUUAUGGAAUUAAUCGACUAUGUUCAGUUUUGCGGAAUGGCGGCGAACGACAAGGAUAAAGGCUUGAAUUUAGUGCCUCCAAAUGAAAGAAUAGAAGUCAAAGAAAUAGAAGCGCUGAGAAAACGAGGUGGACUGAUUGUCGAUGUAAGAACAGAAGUGCAAUUUGAAAUGUGCCGUCUUCCUUUUGAAACGUUCAAUUUUCCGCUGAAAAAAUUGAAAAGAAAACCGGAGCUUCUGGAAGAAAUAAUUGAAGAGAGAAAAGCAGAAGAAGUCGUCUUCCUUUGUCGGAAAGGAAACGAUUCGCAACUUGCCCAGGUGUUUUGGAAGGAACAUACGAAUGGAAAGAUGAAAACAAGCGACGUCAAAGGAGGCCUGUACGCUUGGCAGGAAGAAAUCGACAGUUCCUUUCCUUUGUACUAG